AUGGAGGCGAGCGCCGCGGCGGGCAACGGCUCGGCGGGCAACCCCUUCGUGCAGCCGGGCUGGCAGGUCGCGCUGUGGUCGGCCGCGUACGCGCUGGUGGUGCUGGUGUCGGUGGUGGGCAACCUGGUGGUGAUGUGGGUGGUGCUGGCCCACCGGCGGAUGCGCACCGUCACCAACUAUUUCCUGGUCAACCUGGCCUUCGCCGAGGCCGCCAUGGCCGCCUUCAACACGCUGGUCAACUUCACCUACGCCGUGCACAACGUCUGGUACUACGGGCCGGCCUACUGCCGCUUCCAGAACUUCUUCCCGGUGGCCGCCGUCCUGGCCAGCAUCUACUCCAUGACGGCCAUCGCCGCCGACAGGUACAUGGCCAUUAUCCAUCCUCUGCAACCAAGGCUGUCCGCUGGAGCCACCAAGGUUGUCAUCUGUGUUAUAUGGCUCUUGGCUUCGCUCCUUUCCUUCCCUCAAGGUUACUAUGCCACCACUGAGGAGCUGCCUGAGCGAGUGGUUUGCUUUGUCGACUGGCCGCAGAAUCAGACCCAGGCCUCUGCCAUCACGUACCAGGUCUGCAUGACCGUCCUAGCCUACGUCUUACCCCUUGUAGUGAUAGGCUAUGCCUAUAUUAUGGUGGGCAUCACCCUCUGGGCUAGUGGGAUACCAGGGGAUUCUUCGGACCGCUACCACGAACAGGUGUCUGCCAAGCGCAAGGUGGUCAAGAUGAUGAUCAUGGUGGUUUGCACCUUCGCCAUUUGCUGGCUGCCUUACCACGUCUACUUCCUCCUGCAACUCUUCAAGGUCGAAAUGUUCUCCGAAAAAUACAUCCAGCAGGUGUACUUGGCGAUCCUGUGGCUGGCCAUGAGUUCCACCAUGUACAACCCGAUUAUCUACUGUUGCCUCAAUGACAGGUUCCGGGCGGGCUUCAAGCGGGCUUUCCGGUGGUGCCCGUUCAUCAACGCCAGCCCAUACGAAGGCCUGGAAAUGAAGUCAGCCAGGUCCCUGCACGUCCAGAGCAGCCUGUGCAAGAGCAGCCGGAUGGAGACCACGGUCUCUUCGGUCCUCGGCCACCCAGAGGAGGAACCGGAGGAGGGCAGCAAACCCAGGCGCCCCUCAGCCGACCUGACCUCCAACGGCUCUUCCCGCAGUGACACAAAAACCAUCUCGGAGAGCCUGAGCUUCUACUCCAACACGCUUCCCUGAGCAACCGCAUGAUGUAGCCACACCGUGACACCGUUUCCAUGCCCCUGGUGAAGCCGCCCCCCCCCCCCAAUGAAGAGGCCCCUCCUGGGGCUGCC